CCAUGCCUGAUUUCAGUUCUAUUCGAAGUUCGAACGUGCAAUGAACUUCAACUUCAAUUUCGAAUCGGGAGGGUGGAGGCUCUCACAUGUGACAUGAGCGGCGUCCCCAUGUUGAUGAGAAUCCCCUAUAUCAGCCCCCUCCCUCCGCCGCGGAUCAUUCCAGCCACUGCGCGUCCGCUUGCCGGCGCCAUCGCCAGUCUCGUCGACUUCCUGGUCGCCCCGUUGGAAAAGGACACCGCGGCUGCCGAGACACGGCGGAAUGGGAAGACGGUCCUCCUCACGGGAGCGGGCAUAUCGGUCGCCUCGGGGUUGGCCGACUAUCGGGGAACCAAUGGCACGUAUACGUUGAAUAAGACGUAUCGGCCGAUCUACUAUUCCGAGUUCCUGGCCAACCACGAGGCGAGGAAGCGGUAUUGGGCGCGAAGCUUUCUGGGAUGGACGAACCUCGCGAAUGCGAAACCGAACGGUGCCCAUGAAGCCGUAAGGCGACUGGGUGAGCUGGGGAUAUUAAGUCGUGUCAUUACUCAGAAUGUCGACUCCUUUCACCCCCAUGCACAUCCCGCACUGCCGACAACUGAGCUCCACGGCACGCUUGCCCAAGUACAUUGCACCACAUGCAAGACACCAUACCCCCGGGAUGCCUUCCAAUCCCAGCUUGAAGCCCUCAACCCGUCGUGGGCGGAUAUGCUACGACACCUGAUCGAGUCCGGCGCACUGUCGACCGAAGAUCCGCAUGAACGUGCUGAGAGGGGGCUGCGAACGAACCCCGAUGGCGACCUGGAACUGAAAGGCGUGAAGUACACGACGUUUCGCUAUCCCCCGUGUCCAGCCUGUUUGCAGAAGCCUCCCCCGGGAGAGACCGUGCUCGUUGAUGCCGAUGGCGCAUCGCAGGCGGGUUCAACGGCCGGAGUUCUCAAACCCGCCGUCGUCAUGUUCGGCGAGAACGUCAACGCGGCCGUCAAGGCGGAGGCGGAAGAAGCCAUCGAUACGGCCAGCCGUCUACUUGUCGUUGGGAGUAGCUUGGCGACGUACAGUGCUUGGAGACUGGCUAAACGUGCCAAGGAUCGCGGGCUUGCGCUCGGGAUGCUGAAUCUCGGCGGAGUUCGAGGGGAGGAUGAGUUCUUUCUCGACGUCACUCCAGAGAACACCGGGCGCCAGGCCGUGAGGAUUGAAAUAGAUGCGUUACAGGUCUUACCUGGCGCUGUGAAGGCUAUAGAAGAACUUAAGAGGAUACACAUAACUGGAAAUGAAGUACGACGUCAAUAGAUAUCCGACGUUAAUAAAGCGUAUGUCCUUUGCUUAUAAAUUUUGAAGAUGUACAGGAAAGCGUAGUAGAGGCAAGAAGCAAGCCCUUGGAUGGCAUGAAGUUGAGACAUACACACCUACUCGAGUCAUUUUGAUCCCGAGCUAAGGGAAUACUCAGGACCACUCAUAGGUAACCAGUUGCAGAGCCACGAUUCACAGUUCAGGAGAAGGGAAUCCAUCGGACGACCAACCAUGCUAGAUACCAAGGUAUUUUAACCAUCGGG